CUGCAGUCGGAGACUCGCAGGCAGCAAAUACGGAGAGAAAAAGCGAGUAGGGAAAGGGAGAAGGCAACCGGCAAGAGCACUGCGAAAUAAAACACAUUGCGGGACAAGCCUUUAAAUACCCACCGAGUGGCAGCAGCGGGAGCAGCCGCCGCCGCCGCAGCCGCACAGUCUCUCUGAAUAUACAUAUGCAUAUAUAUGUAUAUAUAAUUAGAUAUAUUUAAGCAUCUCAAGCUCAUGAACCAUGGUUUUUCAAACUAGGCUCCCUUCUUGGAUUAUUUUAUGUUGCAUCUGGCUGCUUCGCUUUGUACACACGGUGGAGGCACAGGCUGCAAAAGAAGUAAUAUUGUUGGACUCUAAAGCACAACAGACAGAAUUGGAAUGGAUUUCUUCUCCUCCCAAUGGGUGGGAAGAAAUUAGUGGACUGGAUGAAAACUACACACCUAUAAGAACAUACCAGGUAUGCCAAGUCAUGGAACCUAACCAGAAUAACUGGCUUCGGACUAACUGGAUUGCAAAAGGAAAUGCACAGAGGAUUUUUGUAGAACUAAAAUUUACCCUGAGGGACUGUAAUAGCCUUCCUGGAGUCCUGGGGACAUGUAAAGAAACAUUCAACUUGCAUUAUUAUGAAACAGACUAUGACACUGGCAGGAUCAUCAGAGAAAACCAGUAUGUAAAAAUAGAUACUAUUGCAGCCGAUGAAAGUUUUACCCAAGGUGACCUUGGGGAGAGAAAAAUGAAACUUAAUACAGAGGUGAGAGAAAUUGGACCUCUGUCCAAAAAAGGAUUCUACCUUGCAUUUCAGGAUGUAGGUGCCUGCAUUGCUUUGGUUUCUGUGAAAGUAUACUACAAGAAGUGCUGGUCCAUUAUUGAGAACUUAGCUGUUUUUCCAGAUACAGUGACUGGGUCAGAGUUCUCCUCCCUAGUUGAGGUCCGGGGAACUUGUGUCAGCAGUGCAGAAGAAGAGGCUGAAAACUCUCCCAGAAUGCACUGCAGCGCGGAGGGAGAAUGGUUAGUACCUAUUGGGAAGUGUAUCUGCAAAGCUGGUUUUCAGCAAAAAGGGGACACGUGUGAACCCUGCGGCCGUGGAUUCUAUAAGUCGUCUUCGCAAGAUUUACAGUGUUCCCGCUGUCCUAUGCACAGUUUUUCAGACAGGGAAGGAUCUUCGCGAUGUGAUUGUGAAGACAGCUACUACAGAGCACCUACUGAUCCACCAUAUGUCGCAUGUACAAGACCUCCAUCCGCACCACAGAACCUUAUUUUCAAUAUUAACCAAACUACAGUGAGUUUGGAAUGGAGCCCUCCUGCAGAUAAUGGAGGAAGAAACGACGUGACCUACAGGGUAUUGUGCAAAAGAUGCAGCUGGGAACAGGGCGAGUGCGUUCCCUGUGGGAGCAAUGUUGGAUAUAUGCCCCAGCAAACUGGAUUAGCAGACAGCUAUGUCACCAUCAUGGACCUGCUAGCUCACGCUAACUACACUUUUGAAGUUGAAGCUGUAAAUGGUGUUUCUGACUUAAGCCGCUCCCAGAGGCUUUUUGCAGCUGUUACAGUUACAACUGGUCAAGCAGCUCCCUCGCAGGUUAGCGGUGUAAUGAAAGAGAAAGUGUUGCAGAGGAGUGUGGAGCUAUCCUGGCAGGAACCAGAACAUCCCAAUGGAGUCAUCACAGAAUAUGAAAUCAAGUAUUAUGAGAAAGACCAAAGGGAGAGGACUUACUCAACAGUGAAAACAAGGGCCACCUCUGCUUCGGUGAAUAAUCUGAAACCAGGAACUGUAUAUGUUUUCCAGAUCCGGGCAUUCACUGCUGCUGGCUAUGGAAAUUAUAGCCCUAGACUAGAUGUUGCUACACUAGAGGAAGCCACAGCCACUGCCGUCUCCAGCGAACAGAACCCUGUAAUAAUCAUAGCAGUGGUAGCUGUAGCAGGCACUAUCAUUCUGGUCUUCAUGGUUUUUGGCUUCAUCAUUGGACGAAGGCAUUGUGGCUAUAGCAAAGCUGAUCAAGAGGGAGAUGAAGAACUUUACUUUCAUUUUAAAUUUCCAGGCACCAAAACCUACAUUGACCCUGAAACCUACGAGGAUCCAAAUAGAGCUGUCCAUCAAUUCGCCAAGGAGUUAGAUGCCUCCUGUAUUAAAAUAGAGCGUGUGAUUGGUGCAGGAGAGUUUGGUGAAGUAUGCAGUGGGCGCUUAAAGCUUCCAGGCAAAAGAGAUGUUGCAGUGGCCAUCAAAACCUUAAAAGUGGGAUACACCGAAAAGCAAAGGAGAGAUUUUCUUUGUGAAGCAAGCAUCAUGGGACAAUUCGACCACCCUAAUGUUGUACAUUUAGAAGGGGUUGUUACCAGAGGGAAACCAGUAAUGAUUGUAAUAGAAUACAUGGAGAAUGGAGCACUGGAUGCAUUUCUCAGGAAACAUGAUGGACAAUUUACAGUAAUUCAGCUGGUGGGGAUGUUAAGAGGAAUUGCGGCAGGAAUGAGAUACCUGGCUGAUAUGGGCUAUGUGCACAGAGAUUUAGCGGCCCGUAACAUUCUGGUCAACAGCAAUCUUGUUUGUAAAGUGUCAGAUUUCGGCCUAUCCAGAGUUAUAGAAGAUGACCCGGAAGCUGUCUACACAACAACAGGUGGAAAAAUACCAGUGAGAUGGACAGCUCCAGAGGCUAUACAAUAUCGCAAGUUUACAUCAGCAAGUGAUGUAUGGAGUUACGGAAUAGUUAUGUGGGAAGUAAUGUCUUACGGAGAGAGGCCUUACUGGGACAUGUCAAAUCAAGAUGUUAUAAAAGCAAUUGAGGAAGGCUAUCGCUUGCCAGCACCCAUGGACUGCCCAGCAGGCCUUCACCAGCUGAUGCUAGACUGCUGGCAGAAAGAGCGUGCGGAAAGGCCAAAGUUUGAACAGAUAGUCGGCAUUCUGGACAAGAUGAUUCGAAACCCAAACAGUUUGAAAACUCCUUUGGGAACCUGUAGCAGACCGAUCAGCCCACUUUUGGACCAGAAUACGCCUGAUUUCACAACAUUUUGCUCUGUAGGUGAAUGGUUGCAAGCUAUCAAGAUGGAAAGAUAUAAAGAUAACUUUUCAGCUGCAGGUUACAAUAACCUUGAGACCGUGGCCAGGAUGACUAUUGAUGAUAUCAUGAGCCUAGGCAUCACACUGGUUGGCCACCAAAAGAAAAUCAUGAGCAGCAUUCAGACUAUGAGAGCACAAAUGUUACAUUUGCAUGGCACUGGCAUACAAGUGUGAUAGACAUUUCUCCCUCGCGAGGGAGCUGACGAACUCGAGAAAGAGUGCUGGCCUUCAGUCUCCAUGACGUGCUGCUAGAAGACACAUGGUUUUCGGGGUCCUUCCUGCAGACAGUCGAAGGCCCACAAGAAGCACCUACAGACUUGAACUCCUAAGUGCCACCAGAAAGUUACUUAAAAAGGGGAAAAGGAUCCACCGAUGGCGGCAACGAAAGCAGUGACAAUAAACAAAGUACUACCUGAAACACCUAUGAACACCUUGAACUCUCUAACCUCCUUUUUAUCUAAUUGACUUUUUAAACUGUACAUAAGGGAUUUUAAAAAGAAAGAAUAUAUUUGUCAGAAAAACAUGAUAUUGUUAAAAUCAACAAAAUAUUUUCCUUAAACUUUUGAUUUCCAACUCACUCUUUUUUUUAAAGAAAUCAGUUGUGUUCCUUCUUCAUCCAGACCUUAUUUUAGUGUGACAUUUAUCUCUUUGGAUCUUCUUAGUGCUAAGCGUAUAACACAUUAUUACACUGGGGACUUUUGAAAGAUUGUAUGGAUUUCUAAAGACACAAGAAGUGUAUCUGAGAAAUGUGCGUGAGGCUGGCGACUGGGUGGGUAAAGUCGGGUUAGGGUAGGGCUUUCUUUAUAUUUACUUUUAUCUGUUAAUGCCACAUGACAUUGAUGUGGUUUGCUAAUUGGCAGGAAAUCAGGAAAAAAAAGAUGUUGCCAAGAGUUAUGAUAUUUUUGUCAAAAAUUUUGUAUGACUAAAUCACAUGAUCUCUUUAAACAGGAAAUGGAUAAACUGAGAAUCUAGCAAUAAUGUUCCCUAAAAAGAAAGCCCAAGGCACUUUUAAAGAAAUGGUUUGAAAGAUGGCUUUAGUAGGUUGCCUGGGUUAACUCUGCAACUUUAAACUUGUUGAAACCCCUUUUACUGAAUGAUUGUAGGUGUAUAAAAAAAAAUAACAGGUACAGUACUGUAAUGUUGCCUAGCCUUUUAAUCAGAGCACAUUAUUGUUGUGUGUGUGUGUUUGUGUGGUUACUUUUCCAAUAUUCCAUAUCGGAAGGUCUAGGAGAAAUAACUGGCAAAUGGUCAAUAUGAGAUUAAGCUGAAUGUAGUCCCUCUUGCAAAAAUAAAGCUGUAGGAAUGCAGUCCAGAGAACAGUAGAUGUACCCACAACUCACAUUACUAGAAAAUUAGCAUUUAACUGUUCCUAAAUUGAGAUUUCAUUGAAGUUAUUCUCUUGUGAGAUAGAGGGCAUACAGAUGCUCCCACAUAUGAUAGCCUUCUGUCAUACAGAUCACUUAAUGCCUUGUGGCACCUGAUGCUGAAACCCAGGUGGGUCUUCCCACAGUUCACACAAUGUACAUGUCCUUUCUAAGAACUGUAGGAACCCACUUUGGACGAGAAGGAAGAAAAGUGGAGCUUUGCUACCACUAACCUAUGAUCCAGCUAUAAACCAGCUUUCACUGGAUUAAACCUUUGGGACACAGUCCAGUCCAGAUGGACAAAGUUAAACACACACCAGAUUCAAUGUAAUUUGAGGGCCUGAGGCUACAGAAGCCUCUUGAUUUCACAAGGCCAAGUACACCUAACUUUCUCUGGAUUGCAUUCCUCCUUUCAAGCCCCAAUAAAAUGAAUGAGAGGUAAGCAAAAGUUGUGGGGCUUGCACAGAAGAUGUUCCUAUCAGAUGGUGCCUUUGGAUUUUCUAUUAGAGCUCUAGAGUGUAAGGCAAGUGGCAAUUCAGAAUUCAACUUUUGUUGUUGAUGCGUUUUUGUUGUUUUACAAGCUGCUCUAAACACAUGCAUUCAUUCAAGACUUUGACAAGGUAGCUGUUGAGUGAGAAAACUCUUUUUUAAAAAAACAGAACAAAAACCAGUUUUAAUUUAAUAUAUGCGUACUUGAGUCGAGUGAAAUGUAGAAUUACCAUAAGCAAUAACGAAAUGUGUUGCAGGAAUAUAUACAAAACAGGUGAUUAAUGCUGUCAAAAAUACCAUGAAAAUCGUGAGCUACCCCAGCAGUGAAUCGCUCUACUUCCAAAGAGAACUGGGCUGCUCCUAUUGGUUUUCAUUGCGAAAGAUCCCAGGGAUCAUUCAUAUAAAUUAAGUCUUGUUUGAUAAUGUGGGUGUCCACUAUAUAUAAAUAUAUAUAUAUAUAUAUAUAUACCUGUAAAUAUUCCUUUGUAAAACUUGUACAUUUUAUUUAUACUGUCUUGUUUUGUACACACAUUUCUGUGCAGUGAGCUCUGAAUACAUUGAAAAUGCACUAUAUUUUUCUAUUUUACUUAACAGAGCAUCACACACAAAAAAGAACAUUUUUUGAGCACUACAUAAUGUGUUUUCCCACAUUUAGGACCAAAGAUAGAGACAGAAAACUCAAAUAGAUCAUUUGCCCUUUCCCUGCCCCCAUUUUGGUUUUGCUUUUAUUUUUCCUUUUAGAGCACUGUA